CGUCGGAGCCACACCACACAUCGCCAUCUGCAUCGCCCGCUGGAUCUAAAGACGCCAAAAUGAAUCCUAUGCACUACAAUGGUGGCGCUCUGAUCGCCAUGGUCGGAAAGGACUGUGUCGCCAUCGCAACCGAUCGUCGAUUUGGUAUCCAGGCCAUGACACUGGCGACGGACUUCCCGAAAGUCUUCACCGUCAACGAUCAUGUCAUGUUUGGCUUGGCCGGACUGGCCACCGACGUUCAGACAAUGCAUGAGAAGCUCCGAUUCCGAACCAACCUAUACAAGCUUCGCGAAGAGCGCGAUAUCUCACCAAAGACUUUCGCGCACCUGGUUUCAUCAACCCUUUACGAACGGCGCUUUGGACCUUACUUUGUCGAGCCGGUGAUUGCUGGUCUGGAAUCGGAUGGAACGCCGUUCAUUGCUUCAACCGACCUGAUCGGAUGCAUCAACUUUGCCAAGGAUUUUGUGGUCAUCGGAACUGCAGGCCCGCAGUUGUAUGGUGUCUGUGAAAGCUUCUGGGAGCCCAACCUGGAACCCGAGGCUCUGUUCGAGGUCAUCUCGCAGGCACUGCUGAACGCUGUCGACCGCGAUGCCAUCAGCGGUUGGGGAGCCGAUGUAUAUAUCCUCACGAAGGACCAGGUCAUCAAGAGAACCCUGAAGGGCCGCAUGGACUAACGCGGGACAUGCGCGGAUGUCUCGAUCGUGUCUGGGUCGUCUUGACUGCGAAUACACAGUGUUCACGACGGA